UUUGCAGGUGCAAACUGUCGAGGACGACGCAUAAUUUAUCACCGAGGGCCUGCGACAUCUAAGAAUGGGGAAACGAAAUCGGCUACUGCCGAUAGGUAUCGUCAUCUGUUUAGUCCUGUACGCGGGAUCCUCUGUAAAGGCGUUCAAUUUCGACGAUGAUUUAGAGGACCUAAUGGCAGAAGAAUCAAUCGUGGAUGAAGAAGUCUACGGAGGCCCUAUUUUGCCGUCGAACGUAUUCAAUGGUGGAAAACCAUUUUACGUCGAGCGUGACCCUUCAACGGGAGCAAUUGAUUUCAACCAUAAGAAAACUGUCAAUCAAAUUGACCUAGAUGACAAAGGAUCUUACGAUACAAAGGACAGUCACGUCAGCGAUACAAAAGAUGUUAUCGUCAGCCAAUCUUCGCCAAACUUUCACGAUUUCCUAAAUCUACCGGUGAAAUACUCUUCCUCAAACUUCGUUUAUCCGUUGAUUUCAAGUUCAUAUGCCAAUUUAAAAUAUCAAGGUAGCAACAAAGUGUCGAAUCACAAGAACGCAACGUCCACUCCAUCUACGACGACAGCUGCACCUAAAUUCCAAUUUACGCGUCCUCAGUACACAACUUCCAGGCUUAACACCACACGAAAUCAACCAAGUCCUACUACCACCCAAGUGACACAACCAUCUUCUCGUUAUACUUAUCCAACUACUUCAGGACGACCGAUAACGACCACCACUACUACCACGACCACCGAAAUACCGAUGACAACCAUUCCAGCUAAACAAUUAUUCACUAGAUACCCUUACAAGAGUACUAUCAAGAACAAAUAUUUGGAAACGACAGAACAGACACGUAAGAAGUUCUUCUUGCCUUCGACUCUUUCUAUGCCGACCACGACUACUACACAACGACCUCAAUUCACCGAACCAGAAACGACUCCUAUCCGUUCUUCAACCUACUACUCGCCUUCUGUUAGACCGUGGUCCAGUCCAUCGGCAACUCCACCUGUCACCACUACUCCUGAGCCAACCACUGUAUCCCGUCCUGCAAACCCAAUUCGUUUUGAGGAAACUCAACCUUUACCACCGGUAGAUGAUGAAGCUCACAGGAUGAAAUAUACCAUACCAGCACUCAAAUACGAGGGUAACCGUCCAGCACCAUUCCGACCACUGCCACCAAGUCACAUUAUGUUGAACCGUAAGAAUGAAACCAGCAACAAGAUAGAUCUGCCAAAUGAUCCAGCUGUAAUGUCCCUUUCUGAUAUCUUUAACUCGCUCGGCUUGGAUGACAAACAAGCUGCCGCUGAAGAGAAGGAAAAUAAUAUCGUCUUCGAAACGACUAUUGCUCAAACCACCGAUCAAACAACGCCACCAGCAAUUGUGCUGAUUUCGGACCAACAAAAGCAGGAAUCAAUUCAAGAAGGUCCAAAAAUUGAACAGUCCAUUGACCUUACUGAUCAAUAUGUGAAGUACGAUAUCCAGCAAUCGAAUGGCCAUCGACCACAAAAACCGACCAAUGAUCAAUACGACCAUUAUGAAGUUUAUCAAUCUAACGGACACCGUCCACAAAACCCUCCGAAAGAUUCCAACUUUGGAAAUCAAUAUGUCAAGUACGAGGUACAACAACCACAAAUUAACAUAGUCAAAUACGGUACGGUUCCAAGCAUGAAUAGUGUUGUAAUCAGUCCCAAUCAACAUUCGGCUACAUUCGUCUUGGGAUCUCAACAAUCGGUAGGAAGUUCAAGUGAUGGACAUUUUGUGAGCUCAGUCUCGCAGGAACCUGCUUCUGCUGCUCUUAAUGGCCAUCCGACUGGCUAUCAAAUGGGGCAGGUGCUGGACGAACCAAACGAAAGCUCCAAUGUGCAAGUUGGCACAUCAGUGAACGUUCAAGUUAAGCCUCAAGAUAUAAUCAAAACCACCAGCGUGCGAUUUCCCAGUGAAAGCGACGACAAGUAUGAGAAUGCACCCAUUAUUAGUGGAACCCAUAAGAGUGAAGUUUUGCCACCCAAUGGACAUUCUGCUCCUAUUGGUGUUGGUCCAAACUCAAUGGUUGUGUUCCCCAAGAACGAUCAAAUUGAAAGCACUCUUCAUGAAGUUUCAAACAGAAUCGUUUUCGAUACACCAAAUGCUGAAGCUUUGAACAAGAACGAAAUUUCAAAUUAUCCCUCAGAUCUACCAGAACAGCUAACUCCUCCUUCAAAUCCGGACAACUCCCAUCUUUCAAAACGUCCCCGACCCCCAAUUCCUGCUCAAGGACCACCAUUCAUUUACAAAGAAAUCCAACGUAGGCCAUAUCCAGGAGGAAUUCGACCACCUCUACAGCUACCUAACAUUUUACCCCAAUUCAGACCGAACGCUAAAAUAUCACAUGGUCAUUCCCCUUACCAUAAGGAAGCCGGUAAUUUCAGAGUGCCUCCACCGCCACCAGCUAAAAAGUCUCCCCGCUAA